AUGGGGAAAGGCAGAGCGCCGUGCUGCGACAAGAACCAAGUGAAGAGAGGCCCAUGGAGCCCUGCAGAGGACCUCAGGCUCAUGACUUUCAUUCAGAAACACGGCCAUGAAAACUGGAGAUCCCUACCCAAACAAGCUGGACUAUCGCGAUGUGGGAAGAGUUGUCGUCUGAGAUGGAUUAAUUACCUAAGACCAGAUGUAAAGCGUGGCAACUUCACCCAAGAGGAAGAAGACUCCAUUAUCCGUCUCCAUCGUGAGCUUGGCAACAAGUGGUCAAAAAUUGCAUCUCAUUUGCCGGGGAGAACUGACAAUGAGAUAAAAAAUGUGUGGAACACUCACUUGAAAAAAAGAGUAUCGUCAUCUAACAAGAAAAAUGUUGAAGUAAUGACUAAGCAGUCUUCGCCGACCUCCUCAUCUUCAUCCUCCUCCUUUUCCACCACCACAACCUCGUCUGGCAAAAGGAAUGUUCAAGCAACAAUUGAUAUCGGUGAUCAACAAAGGAAAAGGCAGAGAACUCAUUUGUUGAAUGAGGAUGAAGAGGAAGAAGAAGUGGUGAACGAGGAAGACAUUCAAAACAACAACGAGGAUGAGAUGAAUAAUGAUUAUGAAUUCAAAUCAUUGCCAAAGGACAUUUUGACUUCCUCGGCUUCAUCCUUUCCGAUGAAUUCCUCCAGCCUGAUUGAUAAUGUCAUGUCGAUGGAUUCGAUUUUUAGCUUGGGUGAAUCGGUUGGUAACGUCUAUGAUGUAUUGGAAGAGGUGAGCCGACCCGGAGUUGAGGACUUCACCCUUGAGAUUCCUUUGGAAUCCGACAUGGAGUUCUGGAACUUGUUGGAUGGGCUAACGGAAUCUAGUGGCAACGACGGUGAAAAUGUAGCUUGUUUGUCUGAUGACCAGCUGGGAGUUCAGGAGGUGGAUGAUGACAAGAAAAAGUGGUUGCGAUACUUGGAAACUGAAUUGGGUCUAGAGGAAAUCAACAACGAUACUAGAAACCCAGAAGACAACCUUACAAUUCCCCAAGUGUCAGGAGAGGGAAACAUACAGGUUUUAUACGACGAUGAAUCACUCCCUCCACAUGAAAAUAAAGCAGAAUCUGAAGAGAAUCCAACAGGUCCAAACCAGCCGCAUACUCAAGAUAUUUAA